GAAAGCCCAUUAGCAUCCCCGCAAGGGAAGAGAGAUAACAGUGCAGUUCUCAAACCUAAUCCCCUUUUUGAACAGAUUCGAAGGAAGAGAAAGCGAUUCACUGAGGGAGAGUACAAUGGGCAAAUCAUCAUCUUCCUCUAAGAAACUAAAACGCUCUAAAGAAGAUCCCUCUAAGUUGCGAUCCGUGAAGAAGAAGACGAAGAGAAUCAAAUCGAAGAAGAUUCGUCGGAUUAAAGACUCUUCUGAUGAGAGUGAAUCAGAUUCUUCUUUCUACUCUUCUUCUUCUAGUUCCGAAGAUGAUUACAGGAGAGAGAAGCAGCGUAGGUCUAAACUGAGCAAGAAGAAGAAGAAGCAGAAGAGGUCACGCAAGAAGUAUUCUAGCAGCGACAGUGAGGAUGAAGACAUUCGUGUUAAGAAAAGGUCUAAGAGGAAGGACAAACAUGUAGUGAGCAAGAAGAAGAGACGUAAGAGAUAUUCGAGUUCAAGCUCCACUAGUAGUGAUGACAAUAGUGAGAGUAGUGAUGGAAUGAGAAUGACUAGAGAAAAAAGAAGACUUGAUAAAUCUAAGGAUGAACCUGAUGAUGAUGAAUGCUGGCAAGUGGAAGAUGAUGUUAUGACUGACAAGAAUAACUCUAAAAGGCUUAAAUCCAUUGUUGUGGUUACUUAUAACUAUGAUGAUGGUGGUGAGAGAAAGAAUGAAUCUGAUGAGAAUAUGAUUGCGGAUGACCAGAGAGAUGGUGAAGCUACUCUCUCUUCUCCUGCGACUGGUGGUGCUCAUGACAGCAGACGUAUUGGCUAUGAUGAUUCCGAGGGAUAUAAUAGUUCUGAAACUAGCAAAGCUUCUCAUCAAGACAAUAGCUUGAAAGGUGAUGACUUGGAAGCCAUUCUAAAGAAAAGAGCCUUAGAGAAUUUGAAAAGGUUCCGUGGAGAGACCCAAAAUAAUCGAACAGCAAGUAAAGAGGUCUCUUCUGUUUCUGAAGGAGAAGAAACUCUUCAGACUGAAUCUGAAAAAAUUGAAGAGUCAAAAGAGUGCCCUGUCACGAAGCAGAAGCUCUGUGUUUCAGAGGGAGACAAAGAUCUUGAGACUACACAAGUCGAUAAUGUGAAGGAAUCUGGAACAGGGUUGGCUGAUCUUCCCUCUCAACAGUCUGGUGGUGAUACUGCCAUGGUCAAAGCUGGUCCUGAGAUUAGCUCGUGUACAACAACCAAAAGGAAGUUGAUUAGACCGGUAUUGAGACAGGGAAGUUUAAAUCUGGCUAGCAAGAAAGAAGCCGAUGGUUGUCAAGAUGCUGAAGCAGAGAGCAUCAAUGGCAAGAGUUGUCCAGAAACUUCUUUAGCUCUGGCAACAAAGAAUGGACCGGAAAGCAUUGAACCGAGAAAAGUUAGCGCUAGGUCUUCUUCUCAUACUGAGACUGAGACAUUAGAUGAAAACAAAGAAGAGUCUCAGUCUGAACAGAAGACAAACGAUGAAACAAAAGGUGAGUCACAGUACGAGCAGAAAACAAUGACCGUGAUGAGGGGUGGAGAAAUGGUUCAGGUGAAUUACAAGGUCUACAUUCCUAAGAAGACUUCUUCUUUGGGAAGAAGACAACUGAGGAGGUGAAGCGAUGACAAGAAGAUAGAGACUAUCGACAUAUUUCUGUUUUUUCUAUUAGACUUGUGACAACACAAAUUUAAAAUUAUCAUAGACUUGAAUCUUUGAAUACAAUGAAGAGGACAUUAAGUUUCA